CUGAAAGCAUUGACGCCAGUCACGUUUUGCUGGUACCCCUGGUAGUUGGUAGAGCACAUUUUGUUAAAAGUAGCAGCUCAAAGCAGGUGCUGGCAUCUAGCGUUCAAUUUAACAGACUGAGGAUUUGAAACUUACUUAUAAGAGUAGAGCUAGAUUGCAGGUCAUGUCUUGUUUGCCUGACAAGAAUACAGACUACUCGUCGGUGGAUUACUGGAACGAACGAUAUGGUUCAGAAGAAUCUUUCGAGUGGUGCAAAAGCUACUCGGUAUUCAAGGACCUCAUCCGCAAAGAAGUGCAACCAUCCGACAGGAUCCUAAUGUUGGGGUGCGGCAACAGCAGACUAAGCGAAGACAUGUAUCGGGACGGUUUCCAUAACAUUACCAACGUCGAUUACUCGACUGUGGUAGUCGAAAAUAUGAAGAAUCGAUCCGAGGAGGCUCGAUCAAUGCAAUGGCUCGUUAUGGAUAUCAAAGAUUUGAAAUUCGAAAGCGGCAGCUUUGAUAUUGUGAUCGAGAAGGCCACGCUAGACGCUCUCCUGGUUGGAGAACGGGAUCCCUGGAGCUUGUCGCCCGACAGCCGAACUCUGAUGGAUGAUAUUCUUAUUCAGGUGAGCCAGGUACUGAGCAGCCGAGGCCGGUUCAUUUCCAUCACGUUCGCCCAACCUCACUUUCGCAAGCGGAUCUACGCCCGGGAGCUAUACGGCUGGAGCAUCCGCACCGAGACGUUCGGAGACGGAUUCCAUUUCUUCUUUUACGUCAUGACCAAAGGUGAGCGGUUGUCUGCUCACGAUGCGCAACUCGACAAGUCGGCAUGGACAAAUAAUCACAACAACCUGGAAAGUCAGCCAGCCGUGACGAGAUUGCAGCAGCAGCGUGAAGACAACAAUGAUGACGAUAGCUACCUCAACUCUAUUGAAAUGUGACAGGCCGACGUAAUACGUACUUGGCUUAGUUUUCUUUCCAAAUAAUUUGUUUCUUCACUCUCUCUCCAAAAAUCUGCAAUGGGGACCCAAAAGUGCUCAUUCCGAAUUAAUAGAACGUGAAAGUUA